GCAGGCCGCUGAGCUCUACGCAGAACUGAAGGGCGACGCCUGGAUUCAUGCAGAGGACCUCGACCCGACGGAGCUUCAGAAUGACGAAGGGGUCCAAACGCUCCUCGAUUUCCUAGCAUAUAAGUUCGACGACGAGAAGGUGAUGGAGCUUGGGUCCGAGCUCAAAACUUUCUUCACACGCAUGCGCCGCGACAGCGGCGAAGAGAUCAGGGUUUUCAUCAACCGCUUCGACACGCAGGUCUCGAGACUUAAGACAAUGCAUAUUGAGUUCCCAGAUCAAGCGCUGGCGUGGUUGCUCAUGUGGUGGCUUGGCCUGCCGCCAAAUCGAGAAGCUGGAGUGCUGAACGCCAUUCAGAAUAAAUACGAGCUCAAGCCUUUACAAAAGCAGACGUUGCUUAACGUGCAGGAGGACCUCGAGGUGUACGAGACCCAGGUAGACGACGAUGACCUGCCGGAGGAGUUAGUUGAGGAGCACGAGGAUGCGGAGGGCUCGGACCGCGUCAAGAAGCUAAGGGCGAGGACCCUUUGCGCAGCGCGCCGGAAGCUGAGGCACUGGAACGGCGACCCCGAGUGUACAGGAGCGCCAAGUAGGGCGCGCAUGGCGACUGCCGACGACCAUGACGAAGACGACCAGCGAUCAGAGCAGUUUCCCACGAGCUGGAGUAGCAAGGAAAAACAUAUCGAGAAGCAGACGUUCUUCAUCAACAACCGCGUGCUGAUGACCAGCACGGGCAGCGUGAACGUCAUCACGGCUACGAAAGAGGAGCUGCUGCAGCAGUGCGGCGGCAAACUGUUACCAGACUCGCGCUGCGCCAAGUCCGUUGGAGGACAGGUUUGGCAUGGCGACAUCAAGAAGCGGCUCGCGAAGGUGGGUCUCGAGCCGAUCGAGUUUGACGAACAUGAAGUCUUCAGGCUCGGCGCUGGAAAGCCAGUCGCGAGCACGAUUGGAGCGCUGGUGCCGCUCGCAGUGCGCGGACGUCCCUUCGCGCUGAGAACAUCCACCGUGCCGUGCCUGGCCCCCGCGCUGCUGUCGCAGAAAGCUCUUGGUCAGCUGGGAACAGCGCGCGACCGUGAGGUGGAGGCUGGCGAGAGCGCCAUGACGUUCAGGAAGCUGGGAGUCUCCAACCUCGACCCCGGGCAGACCAAGAGCGGACGCUCGAGUUUCGACGUGCUGGAGCUCGACAGGGCUCACAUUUUUACCAUGGCUCCAGACGUGGGCCCCGGCCAGACAGAGAUCAG